AUGACUGCUCUCCGGAACCCAAAGGGAACAGCCAUUGCAUCGAGAAGGGGGAUGGAGAAAAUCAUCUACGACUUCUACUCUGAUCUCUUCGACAGCCAUGUCCACUUGCCUCCUCACCAUCUGAGGGAAGAUGGACAAGUCAUUCCAGAGGUUCUCCCGUCCGAAAUACGACAUGCUAUCAUGUCGGUAAGAAAUCGUACGGCACCCGGUCCCGACAGAAUAAGACCAGAACACCUGAAGAGCCUUCCGCCAGUACUCAUCAACACCCUGGCGAGGCUCUUUACACGUUAUCUGUCGGAAUGCAAGGUUCCUAAACAGUGGAAGACCAGCAAGACCGUGUUGUUGUAUAAAAAGGGAGAUCCACAUGACAUCGGCAACUAUCGCCCAAUCUGCCUACUGUCCGUCAUCUACAAGCUCUUUACAAGAGUAAUCCUUAAUAGGAUUGAAAAAGUCUUGGAUGAAGGACAGCCAUGCGAGCAAGCAGGGUUUCGAAAAGGAUUCAGCACGAUUGACCACAUUCACACUGUUUCGAAACUCAUCGAGGUAUCACGAGAGUACAAGAUGCCGCUCUGUCUCACCUUCAUCGACUUAAAGAAGGCUUUCGACUCGGUUGAGACGGAAGCGGUCGUGGAAGCCUUGGACAACCAAGGCGUCCCUACUCAAUAUAUAAAGGGUGAUACAAUUUCACCCAAAAUAUUCACAGCCACCCUCGAGAACGCAAUGCGAAAGUUGGAAUGGGACGACAUGGGAGUGAAGGUUGAUGGUCGGCAGCUACACCAUUUGCGCUUUGCUGAUGACAUCGUACUGGUAACACCUAGCAUCAGCCAAGCGGAACGAAUGCUGACCGAAUUCGACGAAACAUGUGGAUGCAUCGGUCUUCAGCUGAAUCUACAAAAGACGAUGUUCAUGCGGAACGGAUGGGUCUCGGAUGCCCCAUUCACGCUCAACGGAACGAACAUAUCCGAAUGCACCAGCUACGUUUAUCUGGGUCGGGAACUGAACAUGAUGAACGACCUGACCCCCGAGCUGGGCAGGAGGAGACGAGCGGCUUGGGGAGCGUACAAGAGCAUCGAGGAUGUAGUGAAGAAGACCAGGAACACCCGGCUCCGUGCUCACCUCUUCAACACCACCGUACUUCCUGCUUUGACCUAUGCUUCGGAAACCUGGGCAUUUCGCAAGCAGGAAGAAAACGCGGUGAGCGUCAUUGAACGCGCAAUUGAGAGAGUGAUGCUAGGAGUAUCCCGUUUCACGCAAGUGAGGGACGGGAUUCGAAGUUCUCUCCUACGUCAGCGAUCGAAGAUUAGAGACGCCGCCGCGUUUGCCAAGGAAAGUAAAAUAAGGUGGGCCGGACACGUGAUGCGCUUUAAUGACAACCGUUGGACCAGAGCCGUGAGCGACUGGGUUCCCCGCGAUAUUAAGCGCACUACAGGAAGACCGCCGACCCGAUGGUCAGAUUUCUUCACGAAGUCCUUGAAAGAAAAUAUGAUGCUCUUCGUGUCCCACGCGAAAGGAGGAACCACUGGGCUACUCUGGCACGCGAUCGGGACAAAUGGAAGAAUUACUGGCGCCCGCUCGACCAGUUCGAAGAUCAACGGGAGUCAAGGUGAUCAAGGUGAUCAUGCACAUUCGCUUCGCCAUUUAGCUAUUUUGUACUUCGACUUGUAUUAG